UUGUCAGUUUUCUGAAUAGGAAAUACCUAAGCCUGCAACCUCUGUUAGUUGUUCCAUACUUGCGCUAUUUCCGACUUGUCAUUCACAGCUCAUUUAUGAAUUCAAUUAUGAAGUCUUUUAGAGAAACCUUAUCAACAGCAAAAAAUAUAUUAAUUUUAACUGGAAGCGGAAUUUCCGCCGAGUCUGGUGUACCAACAUUUCGCGGUGCCGGUGGUUUUUGGAGAAAAUAUCAGGCUACUAGUUUAGCAACACCAGAAGCUUUUGCUGCUAAUCCGUCAUUAGUUUGGGAAUUUUACGAAUAUAGAAGAACAUUAGUUAGCAAAGUUCAUCCAAAUAAGGCCCACGAGUCUAUUGCUGAAUUUCAAAAUCGUUUGUCAAACGAAGGCAGAAACGUCACUAUCGUGACACAGAAUAUUGAUGGUUUACAUCAAAAGGCCGGGGCAAAAGAUGUGAUAGAACUUCACGGAUCUCUCUAUAGAACUAGAUGUACAAAGUGUAAAAAUAUAGAUUACAAUGAUACUAUUCCGAUUUGUCCUGCUUUAGAAGGAAAAAUAUCAGCAGAUCCAGAUUUUGUAUCAUCAAACAUUCCUGUAAAAGAUUUACCCAGAUGUCGAAAAGGCAAUUGUGGCGCGCUUUUACGCCCGGAUAUCGUCUGGUUUGGGGAAGGACUUGAUUCUCAAGUUUUGGAUAAAGCUCAUGAAGCUGUACAAUCUUGUGACGCCUGCCUAAUCAUAGGAACAUCAUCUAUUGUAUAUCCUGCUGCAAUGUUUGCACCUCAAGUUGCUCAGAGAGGCGUUCCAGUUGCAGAGUUUAAUAUUGAAACAACUCCAGCCACAAGGGAGUUUCAGUACCACUUUGAAGGACCAUGCACCGUAACAGUACCAGAAGCAUUGGCACCAUAGUGUAUUUAAUAUGUUACAAAAAAAGUAAAACUGUACAUAUUUUUUUUAAAUUUAAAUAUAAAAAACGUCUAAAUACAUACCUUCAACAUGGCACACUUCCACGUCAAUUCCUAGACGCUCCAAAUACUGUAGCCACAACUUUUGUUUUUCAGAUAAUGUAUCACCUGGCCCUUUAACUUCAACAAUUUUACACUAGAGAACAUUAAAGAUGAAUUAUUAAUAAUAAACCCACGGCCAAUUAAAAUAU